GCCGGGAGGCAAUAGACAUUCGCAAGGAUACGCGCGCGAAUUUCCCACUUGAAAUAAACUAUCUAUUAAGUUUAUACAUUAUUUUAUUGCCAAGUAAAUAAGACCGUUUUUUCAAUUUUGUAUUUUUCAUCGUGGCUUGGGAUUUAAGUUUUUUACGUGCGUGUUUACCAGAGAUAAAUCAUCCAAAAUCGUGAAAAAGCUACACACGAGUCUUUGAAAACGACCAUCGUGCCAGCAACGACGACGUCUCAUUUCACCGGCCUCGAGGAUGCUCGUCGGCUAUCUCAUCAUUGCCGGCGCAGCUGCGGUAGUUUCCUUGGCCGGUGGUCAUGGUUUCGAUGCUCACCUACGUGGUCCGAGUUUUCUCAUUGAACCUCCAUCAAGAAUUGAGUUCUCCAAUUCAAGCGGUGCCUGGCUUGACUGCGCUGCAUCCGGCAGCCCAGCACCCAACAUCGACUGGUCCACCGCCGACGGACUUCCGGCUGGUGAUGUGCCGGGUGUCAGGAGAGUACUCAGAAAUGGCACUCUCGUACUCCUUCCGUUUCAGGCUGCAGCAUUUCGGCAGGAUGUUCAUAGUGCGGCUUACAGAUGUGUUGCCAGUAAUUCAGUUGGCCGAAUACUCAGCCGUGACGUCCAAGUUAGAGCAAUUGUGACGCAGGCUUACACAGUUGAUGUAGAAGUAGUAGAAGGAGUAUCAAGGGGUUGUACAUCAAUCCUCCGAUGUGUUGUUCCAAGUCAUGUGAAAGAUCUUGUUCGCGUGGUAUCCUGGCUUCAAGAGCCAGCAUUUCAUAUAUAUCCAUCCCUUCAAGGAGAUGGAAAAUUUCAUCUCCUGCCAACAGGCGAACUUCUUAUUCACAGUCUAGAGUUCAGUGACCAGUUCUUGAGCUACAGAUGUAGAACAAUGCACAGACUGACAAGACAAGUAGUUGUAAGUUCAUCAGCCAACAUCAGGAUAGCAGAACACAGAGGAGUUAUUCCACCCACGAUUUUAGAGCACUCAGGAAUCAUUUACGUUGGCCAAGAUGAGUCAACAUCGUUGGUUUGCGUAGCCAAGGCUUGCCCUACACCUGAGUACAGAUGGUACGCACAAACUGGGGCAGAGCAAAUGCCAGUAUUAUCAGGACCACGAACACGGUUACUUGGACCAGUAUUGGCAAUCGAAGCUGUCACGUUAUCAGAUAGCGGGGUAUACCAAUGUCUAGCAUCCAAUCAUGGUGGAGAAACAAGUGCUGAACUCAGACUGGUGGUAAUGGCUCCACUGAGUGUUGAAGUAUCACCUUCACUCUUGAGUGUUCACCUUGGUGGCAAUGCUGAGUUUACUUGUAUCGUUAGUACUCAUUCCCAAGCUGGUCAACACUUUAUUACAUGGUACAAGGAUGGACGACAACUUCCUGGCGCUGGAAGACAGUCUGAGACGCUCACUCUUAAUGGGAUUGGCCGAGAAGACAGGGGAAUGUAUCAAUGUGUCGUUCGCAGAGGAGACGAUACAGCUCAAGCAUCAGCAGAGCUUCAAUUAGGAGACGCACCACCAGUUCUUCUGUACUCCUUUAUUGAACAAACACUUCAACCCGGACCUGCUGUCUCUCUCAAAUGUUCUGCUGCUGGAAAUCCAACACCUCAAGUCUCCUGGACCUUAGAUGGGUUUCCAUUACCAACAAUCACAAGAUUUGUUAUCGGGCAGCACGUCACUGUCCAUGGAGAUGUGAUAUCUCAUGUGAACAUUAGUCAAGUCAUGGUAGAGGAUGGUGGAGAGUAUUCCUGUAUAGCGGAAAACCGAGCUGGAAAGGUCGUGCAUAGUGCAAGACUCAAUGUUUAUGGUUUGCCUUACAUUCGAGUAAUUCCAAAAGUAACUGCAGUGGCCGGUGAAACAUUGCGCUUGAAAUGUCCAGUGGCUGGGUAUCCAAUUGAAGAAAUUAAAUGGGAAAGAAGUGGUCGUGAAUUGCCGGACAAUCUACGACAAAAAGUAUUAUCCGACGGCACCCUGGUGGUGUCUAGUGUUCAGAAAGAGUUGGAUACUGGAACGUAUACAUGCUGGGCGAGGAACAAGCAAGGACACAGCGCAAGGAGAUCUGGAGAUGUCACAGUGAUUGUACCCCCUAUAAUUGAGCCAUUUAACUUCCAAGAGGGACUUUCUGAGGGGAUGCGGACCCGGACGGUGUGCGGGGUUCGGGCGGGUGAUGAACCCCUCACUAUAUCCUGGCUUAAAGAUGGUCACAGUCCUUUUCAAUUAUCUCCAAAAGCCUUGUCCGACACUAGCAUCUCCCCGAUAGACUCCUUCUCCAGUCUUCUGAGUUUAUCAAACCUCGCUGCCGAGCAUUCUGGCGACUAUACCUGCGUCGCCGCGAACCCCGCCGCCGAGGUCAGGUACACGGCCAAGCUCCAGGUAAAAGUACCACCACAUUGGGUUGUCGAGCCAAUGGAUGCGAGUGUUGAACGAAAUCGACAUGUUGCCCUUCAUUGUCAAGCUCAAGGUGUUCCAACGCCAGUCAUUGUCUGGAAGAAAGGAACUGGUUCGAAAACUGGAGACUACGAAGAAUUACGUGAAAGUUCUUACACAAAAUUGUUAAGUAAUGGAACUCUAGUUCUUCAGCAUGUAAAAGAAGACAGAGAAGGUUAUUAUCUUUGUCAAGCAAGCAAUGGAAUAGGUACUGGUAUUGGAAAGGUAGUUCAACUCAGAGUUAAUUCUUCUCCUUACUUCGCUGCUCCAUCGAGACUUGUGACUGUCAAGAAAGGAGACACUGCCACGCUCCACUGUGAAGUACAUGGGGACAAACCUAUCACAAUAACCUGGAUGAAAGGUGGAAAAAUUGAAUUAAAUCCUGCUACAAAUUAUAGAGUUACUACAAAAACAGACGUUACUCCUGAUGGAGUUGAAGGACAGCUGCAAAUUUCCUCAACCGAAGCUUCAGAUAGUGGAGCGUACUUUUGCCAAGCCAGUAAUCUCUAUGGAAAAGAUCAACAGUUGGUUCAACUCCUUGUUCAAGAACCGCCUCAGCCACCUCAUGGUUUAGAAACUGCGAUGAUCGCUCCUCGAAGUAUCAACGUCAAGUGGCAGCAUAAAGCUCAGGACACUAGCGAAGUUUCCAAGUAUAUUCUACAGUACAAGGAAGGUGAUGGGGGCAUGUGGCAACAGCAAGAACUUACCGGACCACCUCUUCCUUAUGCAGCAUUAAUAGAUGAUUUGAAACCAGCAACUAGAUAUACAAUUCGAGUUAUUGCUGAAGGUUCUGCUGGCCGUUCUUCUCCUUCAGCUGAAUUAGUAGUCAGAACUGAACCACAAAGACCAGCUGGACCACCAAUUAAUAUUGCAGCAAGGCCUAUUUCCCCAACGGAAAUAAUAGUUUCCUGGUCUCCGCCUUUGCCAGAACUUCGUCACGGAGAAAUACAAGGAUUCAAUGUUGGAUUCAGAGAGUCUAGUGGAGGAAACCCAUCUUACAAUUUCACCUCUGUAGUUGGAGAUGGUGAGGAUGGAGCUGGAGAACUACGUCUAACAGGAUUAAGACCUUAUACAAGAUAUACAAUCGUUGUUCAAGCUUAUAAUCAAGUCGGUUCCGGGCCGCUGUCUGAGCCACUGCAUACACAAACAUUAGAGGAUGUACCCAGCAAACCACCGGAGGAUAUUCGUUGCACUCCAAUGUCAUCUCAAUCAUUACAAAUUUCGUGGAAAGCGCCGCCAGCUGCUUAUAUGAAUGGCAAUAUCCAGGGAUAUAAAGUAAAUUAUGAGCCAGUAUUGGUCGACUCAUGGCUUGGCAUCGAUGAGAUGGAAGUUCGAAAGACUGGAAGUAUGACUACGACGUUAGUUGGUUUGAGAAAAUAUACCAACUAUAGUAUCCAGGUUCUAGCGUAUACGAGAGUUGGUGAUGGUGUACCUUCAAGAAUACAGUAUUGCCGUACAACAGAGGAUGUUCCAGGAAGUCCAGCGGACAUAAAAGUCGUUGUAAGCUCGCCUCAAGCACUUUUUAUCUCUUGGCUUCCUCCUUUAGAACCCAACGGUGAAAUUACAAAAUACAAUCUCUAUUCAAGAAUAAUGGAUGGCCGGGAGGAAUUGAACCAUGGAAAAAGAGUUUUACCGCCUACCAACACUUUCUUUGAGGUGACAGGUCUUCAGCAAAGAGUGGAGUAUCAGUUUUGGGUCACAGCCAGCACUCGAGUGGGAGAAGGACAAAGUUCAGCAGUAGCCGCAGAGAUGCCAAAAAAUCAUGUGGCUGCUAAAAUAACAUCCUUUGGUGGACACCUAGUGAGACCAUGGAGAGGCACAGUAACGAUGGCCUGCCAUGCAGUUGGUGAUCCGACUCGACAGUGGUUUAAAGGCCUUUUAGAAGAGAUAAACACUGAUUCUGCUCGUAAUAUUCAAAUAUUACAAACGGGUGAACUUGUUAUAUCAAAUAUCCAGACACAAGACGGUGGAAAUUAUACUUGUCAAGUAGAGAAUGCUUUGGGAAGUGAUCGACUUCAUUACAGUCUUACAGUUCAAGUACCACCAAAUGCUCCAGUUCUCUAUGUUACAAGCUCCACGUCGAGUAGUGUUCUUCUACACUGGAAACCUGGCUACAAUGGUGGUUCACCUUUAACUGGAUAUACUUUACAUUAUCGGACUACUCAUGGUAGUCUUGAUGAGCUUCAAUUACCUCGAAGGGAAACUAAUCAUGAACUAAAAGGUCUUCUCUGUGGAAACAUGUAUCAUCUAUACCUAACGUCUCACAAUAAAAUAGGCAGUAGUCCACCGUCUCCAGUUCUAUCAGUACGAACGCAAGGACAAGCCCCAGGAAUUCCUCCUGCUGUAGCAUUUCUAUCACCAAAUUCGACAAGUCUUGCUCUACGGCUUCACACUUGGCCUGAUAAUGGAUGUCCAAUUACUUAUUUCGUAAUCCAAUACCGUCCGAUCAAUGAAUUUCACUGGACACUCGUAUCCAAUAACGUUCAAAUGCAGAGAAGGUUUAUCGUGACAAAUUUACAACCCAGUACUGCAUACCAGUUAAAAGUGGAAGCUUACAAUGUUGCUGGAAAUAAUCAGGCCGAGUUUAGCUUCGUCACAUUGACAAAAGACGGAGAGCCACCACCCCCUGAACUAUCUGAACGUGGAAUCUCUGCAGCUCUUCCAUUUUAUGCAGAUGUGCGGGUGAUGUUGCCUAUGAUAAUCGCUACAUUUGCAUUAGUGGCAGUCUGUGCGAUUAUUGUGGUGAGAUGGAAAACUCGACAAUUGGGGGACCGGCAGCAGCGGCCGAUGAAGGAGACCCAAGAGAAUCAGCAGAACGCCGAGACUCAGAGAGAACGGUAUUACGCGACUAUUCACAAGGUCGCUCUUCAGCAGGCUGCCAACGCCGGCGGGCCGGACAAGAUUCCAGAGACAGCGGAGGACAUCUCGCCGUACGCUACGUUCCAGCUUUCGGAGGGGGGCGGGGGAAGCCUGGCAGGGUUGGGAGGGUUGGGAGGUCUGGGCGCCGCGGCGGAAGCUUCAGCGGCAGGACUCCAUCCCAACAACACUCUUCUUCACAGCUUCAUGUAUCACGAGCACGCGAUGACGGAAGGGUGCGCGAGUCCACCACCUCCGGCGACGAGUAUGAAGAGUGUGUCAUCGCGACGACGUCAACAGAGGAAGCAGCAUACUCCCGGAGACGACAGCGACGAGAGCGAAUCAGAUCCGGAUCAGCUGACGCGAUCCAGGACAGAGUCCUCCAAUCAACUGGAUGCCGGCAAGCUCAAGCACAUUCGAGCAGUUUCGGACUUCAUCUACCACGGUACGUCGAGCACUUCGUCGGAUAUCUCUCCCAUGUGCGAGCAGAAAUCUUUACCAAGACGGGGACGGUCCAGAUGGCACGUUCCCAGCAGGAGUUCUCUGCGGAUGCUGCUUCCGCCGAGCAUGUCAGUGGCUGAGACAGCGUUCGUCAGUAGUCAAGGAAAUGUACCCGGAAGUGGAGAUAGGAGUGAUCGACCGGAGCUGAGUGAAGCUGAGUGUGAUAUUGAUUCACUGAAGAAGCCUAAACUUGGAUUGAGAAGCUCGCUAUGGUCCAGGCCGAGUACUCAGAAUAAUCCUUCUUCGGACUACUCAAUUGCCGUCUAAAUUACCUUGAAUCCUCUCUGAUGUCUGCUAGUCAACAGUCUAUGGCACUUUUAUGGAAUGUUGAGCACUCGUCGUGGUAGACAAUUUUAUUAAAAUAUUUUCUCCAAGCAUUUUUGGAGACUGGUGAUAGACUGAACAUGUCGACCAUUCACUAGUUGACUUCAAGCUGCCAAGAUUAUGAUCCAAGUCUUCCUUUGUAUAUUUUUUGGAUCUGUCAGGUCAACUUUCCUACGUUUUCACUGCCAAAAACAAAGUAAAGUACGACUUUCUUUAUCGAUACAGUCGUUAAAUUAAAUCAUCGAAAUUUAUACUCAUUCAUUUAACUUAUAUACCCACGACGAGAUGCAAGAAUAAAUGAAAGAAUGGCUGUAAUUACAUAAACAAACAAUUAAUUAUGAUUAAUGAUUCAUUAAAUGAUGUAUACAUGGUAUAAUUGAUGUGUGCCAAAUGACAAUUUGCUCAGACCGCUUGAGGUAAUGUCUCAAGCGGACGACCCAUCCGAGACCAAAGACUUAUUCCAAAUAUUCGUACGGAUUGGUGCAGCUUUUUAGUCAAUGCACCUAUCUAUUAGUAUCAUUAGGUUUAUUGAUGAAUUAAUUGAUUUAUUAACUGAAAAUCUGAAUUUAUCCAAAGGAAAAUGAGAACAAAAAAAUUGUAAAAAAAAUAAAUAUGUAGUAGGAGAUGUAAAAUGGAACGAAAGUGAUUCUGAUAGGCAUUUUUCGUUGUGCAUUAAAUACACGACGAACUCACAAUGUUGCUCUGUUUCAUUGUAAAGUUUAUAAUACGUACGAAUAUAAACGUUGAUUAAUUUAAGUCCGUUAUAAUUAUAAGACUUUUAAAAGCGCGCGAAGGACAAGGCCGGCGGCGGCUGAUUAAUCCGUUGUAAAUUUAUCACAAGUUAAUCCAUGUUAGAUAAAUUAAAAAUUAAUAAAAUGCAUAAGAGUGGAAUAAUAGAUGGAGAAUAUUAAUUCUUACAAAUAUCUAUGUAUGUACGCGUGACUAAAAAAAAAUGUAUAUACGAGAUAUAAAAAAUAUCGUCAAUCAAAGUAAAUUUAAAAAUUGUUUUUAAAAUGUUUUUGUACAUUUUUUUCUUAUCGCGCGCUCUUACAAUCUUUUUUCUAUGUCUAGUUGAUAUCACAAUUUUCUCUCAAAAAAAUUAAGUCAAACUUAUAACAUAUGUUUAAGUGAGAGACUGUGAAUUUUAUUUAUGAAACAUGAAGGGGCUACUAAUCAAAUGAAUGAUAAUAUAAAAUUAAUUAAAUUGUACAAUAAUAAAGAAAAUCAGAAGUAAAAAUGGAGAAUGCUUGUUGAGAGAAUUUUUUUUGUAUGUAUUGAGACCACAAAAUGUGGAGUACUUUUGGAGUUGACUAUUAUAUUGUGUAUAAUGAACAUUGUUUUAAAAUAUUAUAUCGAUCAUAGAGUCGAUUAAAUAAAUUGAUAUCGUGUAAGAUCAUAUUUCGAAGACUUUUUAAUAUUAUAAUUUUAUUUGAAUUUUUUAAUGUAUUCAAUUGUAUUAUAAAG